AUUAAAAGAUUAAUAUUUUAGGUACUACUUCGUUAAACAAAAUAUUUAACUUCCUUUUAAAGUUUAAUGAAAAAGAUUAAUUAAAAAAAAAGGAUAAAUUGAACCUAUCGAUUAGCUGCCAUAAUACAAUAAUCACGGUAGUGAAAUCCCAUUGACCAUUACCAAUGGAGAAAACUAUGAUAUUAGCCUGGAUUUUGAUUCUCAGCACCGCCAUGGCAGUAGCUCGUUGCCAAGAUUAUUACUCCCAUGCCGGACCAUACAUUCCACCUCCACAAAAAGUAACCUAUCUCCACUUCUUUUUACACGACACUAUGAGCGGCAACAACCUUAGUGCAGUCCCCAUAGUCAGUCCAAACAUCACCACCUCGACGGGCUUCGGCGGCGUGAUAGCUUUUGAUGAUCCACUCACUGUUGGCCCCGACAUAACAUCAGAGGUCAUAGGGAACGCUCAAGGCCUCUGGGUGUCGACAGGCAAAGACGUUUUGACUCUGAUGGCGUACUUGGACAUCGGGUUUACGAAAGGUGAAUUCAACGGCAGCUCUAUCAGUGUUUUGUCGAGGAAUCCAAUUACCGAAUCGGAGCGUGAGCUUGCGGUGGUCGGAGGGAAAGGGAAGUUCAGGAUUUCGAAAGGGUAUGCACAACUCAAGACUUAUUCCGUAAAUUUCAAGACUGGCGACGCCAUUGUUGAGUAUAAUGUGACUGUAAUUCAUUAUUAAGAUGAUUAUCUUGCUAGUUUUUUCUUCUUCUUCUAUGGAUUAGGAGUGAUUAUUUAUCCCACCAAUAAUGUUGGCCCCCUGUUGCUUUCGUUAGGUUUGAAACGUGUCAGUUUUUAGGGACUUGAUUGUUAUAAUAUUUAAAAGUUAACCCAUUUUUAGAA